AUGGAUGCUCUCGUUGAUCAUUACAAGCAAAAGGCCGACCUCAAAGAACAACGGCUUGGUCUGAAUGGCAUGCAAUCCACCCCUGCUCUCGAUGGCUAUGGAGCUGCCGAGCUCACUCGGGAGCAGAAUGACCAACUCACAGCAGAUGAGGAGCGUCUUCGAAACGACGCAUACCAGGCAUUCCAAAGCCUGCCCAGCUACUUUGACGAUCCUCCACGCGUGCUGCCGCAGAGACUUGAGAAGCCCGUCUUGAUCCCUCAGCGAAGGCAGGGCGAUCGUCUGCGAGGAUUCCAGCUGCUGUACGCGCCUGCUUUGGCCGAGAGUGGCGUCAGCGAGCAGCAGUUCAUCAAGUUCCUCAACAGGCUCAAUGUUGCGAUUGGCUUUGACAACAAGAUCAAGAUCUUCAACUUUGCCAUCGAUAUCGGAACCAUCGCGUGCAGUUCGUGGGAGCUCCUCGUUGCCACUAUCGGAACUCAAGCGUUGACCACAACUGCCGCGCACAUCAAGAGUCGCGCUCGAAGUGAAGCGUACGUAGCGCAUGCCAACCAAAGCUUCUUCCACCUGCGUGGUCUUCGUGCUCAGAUCGUGCCUGUUUCCAGCGUAUACCCGACACAGUCGAUUCCUCCCAGCAAUGGGGAUGAGCUUGCAACUCGGCAGAGCACUUUCCAGUUCUCGCUGGGUUCGCCCAACGUUCUGCCCGAGAACCACCCCAAGGCGCGAGGUGGCAUGUUCAACCUCAACAAACGACCCAUCGAAUACGAUCCCUUUGACUACGGCCCCGGCUACGUCAAAAUUAAGCACGACCAGUACUCUCCCUUACAACCCUCUCAGUAUCAGGAACCAGCCAUCUCUCUGGUCGACAGGGCAGCAGAGAAAGUCGAAAAGUACAACAUUUGGCAAGAUCGCCUUCCGGCCAAGAAGAAUGCCAGGAGGAUCAAAAAGCGGCAGCAAACCAUCGAAGAGAUUCAGAGACAGGGGGGCCAAAUGGCCGUCUUGCGUUAUUUGGAGCAGGAGGAGGAGGAACAUCGCAAGGAGCUCGAGAAACGCCAAGGCAAGCUGGGCAGAUUCUUGGACCGCAACAAGGUCAUCCUCAUCGUGACCAAUCUCAACGACCGCGAUCGAGCUCAGAUGCAGAGCACUCUCUCCAGCCGUCGCAGCUAG